CAGCAAACUUAUGCAAAUGUCUGGAGGCGGGCCAUCAUUAGAACCAAGAUCCAAAGGCAGGGUCACAAAUGGCCGUACCGCACACUAUGAUCAGGUACCAGUAGAGCCGAAUCCAGCAAGAGGUAAUCUCCAGAACCUGGAAGAUGGUGAAUUGGCUCUGAGUGCCGAUCCUUUACCUCCACCUCCACUACCACUUCAUCCUCCAUUUGGGCCGGAGUUCUACCCAAGUGAUAGUGAGGAUCCAGUCACUCCACAUGAACUUAGACCUGUAAGGAGGUUCAUUCCAGAUUCCUGGAAGAAUUUCUUUAAGGGAAAAAAGGAGACGGCGUGGGAGGAGCCCAUAUCAGAAAUCAAUUACAUUUCCGGGGGGGCACGUUGCUCUCCACCACGAUCACCAUCUCUACCUGCUUCUUCUGCACAAGGGAAAAGUUCCAAGGCUGCUGGAAGCUCUUACAGAGAUCCAUAUGGAGGUUCUGGUGGUAGCUACAACUCAAGGAAAGAGGUAGAAGCUAUGAUUCCCGAUGACCCAUAUGGCUCUUUGAGUGGCCAUACACAAACUGUGAAGACGUACAGUGAGAAGGUCGAAGAGUACAAUUUGCGCUACUCUUACAUGAAGUCGUGGCCCGGAUUGCUGCGGAUCCUGGGUGUGGUUGAACUUUUGCUCGGAGCGGGUGUUUUUGCCUGUGUUACGGCUUACAUCCACAAAGACAAUGAAUGGUACAACAUGUUUGGCUACUCCCAGCCAUAUUCCUACUCGGCAAGUUUACAAGGGGGGUACUAUUAUUCCGGACCCAAAACUCCUUUUGUGCUUGUGGUGGCUGGUUUGGCAUGGUUGGUGACUAUAAUCAUCCUUGUCCUAGGUAUGUCCAUGUACUAUAGGACCAUUCUUCUAGAUUCUCAUUGGUGGCCUUUAACAGAAUUUGGAAUCAACAUUUGUCUUUUCAUACUAUAUAUGGCUGGAGCUAUUGUGUACGUGAAUGACACCAACCGAGGAGGACUUUGCUAUUACUCACUCUUUAACAAUCCGAUGUACUCCGCAUUCUGCCGAGUAGAAGGAGGGCAGACGGCAGCCAUGAUUUUCUUGUUUGUCACCAUGCUUGUCUACCUAAUUGGUGCUAUUGUUUCACUGAAACUCUGGCGGCAUGAAAAUGCUAGGAAGAGACGGGAGUAUAUUGAGCAGGAGAUGCAGACACAAGGAUCAAAUAUGAAUCCACUGAGAGUCAUGCGUGAUGUGUCUGCGGGUAAUGACCAUACGGUACAAGAUGGCCCAGUGCAGCAACGAGCUCAUAAUAAAGUUGGGGAUGUGCGGCCUGAGCUGAUUAGUGGAUAUAUUCCAGCAGGACAUAUACCAAAGCCCAUUGUCAUGCCGGAUUAUGUGGCAAAAUACCAAGUAAUAAAAGCAGAUGAUGAGCGAGAUCGUUAUAAGGCAGUGUUUAAUGACCAGUACUCAGAGUACAAAGAACUGUCGGCUGAAGUCCAGGCUGUCUUAAAGAAAUUUUGUGAACUGGAUGCCAUAAUGAGCAAAUUACCCAGAAACCCAGAGAACGAGCAUGAAUACCAGCGGAUUGCAAAGGUUUUGCAAGAAUAUCAAAAGAAAAAGAAUGACCCAACAUUUUUGGAGAAGAAGGAGAGAUGUGAUUACCUGAAGAACAAGCUGUCCCACAUCAAGCAGAGAAUUCAGGAAUAUGAUAAAGUUAUGAAUUGGAAUGAUGGAUUUAAUUAACGCUUACCAAUAGCCUUUUCUGUGAAUGCCUUAAUGCUCUGUAGACCCAGAUUUCUUCCAUACCUUUUAAAUAUCGUGGCUUAUUUUUAUAUUUCAUAUUUUUCAUUGUAAAUAAUAUACUAUCCAAUGGUAAAUACUUUAAUAC